GCCGGUUGCCAGGGCGACGCCUGCGAAGAUGGCUGCCGCGUUUUCGUCAGAUUCCGACAGCGGCAGAGCUGAGAGCAAUGAGGCCAGUUCGAAAUGGCUGGAUGCACACUACGACCCCAUGGCCAACAUCCACACCUUUUCCGCAUGCCUGGCGCUAGCAGAUUUGCACGGGGAUGGGGAGUACAAGCUGGUGGUGGGGGACCUUGGCCCAGGGGGGCAGCAGCCCCGCCUGAAGGUGCUUAAAGGACCCGCAGUGCUGAGUGAAAGCCCACUACCUGCACUGCCAGCCGCUGCUGUCACCUUCCUCAUGGAGCAGCACGAGCCCCGGACACCAGCUCUGGCACUCGCGUCAGGCCCUUGUGUGUAUGUGUAUAAGAAUCUUAGGCCCUACUUCAAAUUCAGCCUGCCCCAGUUGCCUCCAAACCCCCUGGAACAAGACCUUUGGAACCAGGCCAAGGAGGACCGGAUUGACCCCUUGACCCUGAAGGAGAUGCUGGAGGGCAUCCGGGAGAAGGCAGAGGUGCCUUUAUCUGUACAGUCACUCAGGUUUCUGCAGCUGGAGCUGAGUGAAAUGGAGGCAUUUGUGAACCAGCACAAGUCCAAGUCCAUCAAGCGGCAGACAGUCAUCACCACCAUGACCACCUUAAAGAAGAACCUGGCUGAUGAGGAUGCUGUGUCCUGCUUGGUGCUGGGCACUGAGAGCAAGGAGCUCCUGGUGUUGGACCCGGAGGCCUUCACCAUUUUGGCCAAGAUGAGCCUUCCCAGCGUCCCUGUCUUCCUGGAAGUUUCUGGUCAGUUUGACGUAGAGUUCCGUCUUGCUGCUGCCUGCCGCAACGGGAACAUCUAUAUGCUGAGAAGAGACUCCAAGCGCCCUAAGUACUGCAUCGAGCUGAGUGCCCAGCCUGUGGGGCUUGUCCGAGUACACAAGGUCCUGGUGGUGGGCAGCAACCAAGACAGCCUGCAUGGCUUCACCCACAAGGGUAAGAGGCUGUGGACAGUGCAGAUGCCAGCAGCCAUUCUGACCAUGAACCUCCUGGAGCAGUGCUCCCGGGGUCUGCAGGCCGUCAUGGCUGGGCUGGCCAAUGGAGAGGUCCGCAUAUACCACGACAAGGCCCUGCUCAACGUCAUCCGCACGCCGGAUGCAGUGACCAGCCUUUGCUUUGGCCGCUACGGACGGGAAGAUAACACCCUCAUCAUGACUACACGAGGUGGUGGCCUGAUUAUCAAGAUCCUGAAGCGCACAGCAGUGUUUGCGGAGGGGGCAGGCGAGGCGGGCCCCCCACCAGCCCAGGCCGUGAAGCUCAACGUGCCCCGGAAGACCCGGCUUUAUGUGGAUCAGACACUGCGAGAGCGGGAAGCCGGCACCGCCAUGCACCGGGCCUUCCAGGCAGACCUGUACCUGCUGCGCCUCCGAGCCGCCCGUGCCUACGUGCAGGCCCUUGAGUCCAGCCUGAGCCCUGUAUCUGCCACGGCCCGGGAGCCACUCAAGCUGCAUGCUGUGGUUCAGGGCCUGGGCCCCACCUUUAAGCUCACACUUCACCUGCAGAAUACCUCAACAGCCCGACCCAUCCUGGGGCUGCUGGUCUGCUUCCUGUACAACGAGGUGCUCUAUGCUCUGCCCCAGGCCUUCUUCAAGGUCCCCUUGCUGGUGCCAGGGCUCAGCUACCCCCUGGAGACCUUUGUGGAGAGUCUUAGUGACAAGGGCAUCUCAGACAUUAUCAAGGUUCUGGUGCUUCGAGAAGGCCAGAGUGCACCCCUGCUGAGUGCCCAUAUCAACAUGCCCAUGAGUGAGGGCCUGGCAGCUGCCUGACCCCCAGGCUGGUAUAAAAGCCCCUGUGGAACCAGGACCAGGAAGAUCCGGCCCUUCUACUGGGCCGGACAGUCAGUGGCAUGAGGCCCACUCCCUGCGCAGCAGUGUGCAGGAGUGACAGCUUCCCUCUUCUCUCCUAAGUGCCCCUUUCUCACCACCUGACCACUGGGUGACCUGCAGCCCCAGGUCAGUGAGUACCCAGGAGGUUCAGCUCCUUCCUUCUCCCAGGGCUCUUGCUGCUUUUCUGUGCUCCCCACUUUUCUCCAGAAACCACACCCAGGUCUGAAGGAAGAGUUCUGAAGUGGUCAAGGUGAGAUGAGGCGCAGAGGCCCAGCCUUCUUUGCCGCUUCCCUUGGGCACGUCACUCUGCAGCUGCUGCAGACCCAAGCCAAUUGGCUAGGUCCUGGCCUGGGACGAUCAGGCUUUUCGUGGGUGAAACUAGCCCCCUGUUGCUCCUGGGGUUCCAGAGGCUUGGCUGCUGCCAGCUCAGCUUGCAGGCAAAACACUGCUCUCAUCUCCUCUCUUGGGCUGAGCAGAGGGCCCCUCCUUCUAUUCAGGGGGCCCAGGGAAUAGCUGCCUUCCCAUAGGGGGCUUUUCUGAAAUUUUGGGCUCAGCCAAAGUCUCAGGCCUGUGAUGCUCCAUGAAGAUUGCCAAGGGAGAAGCUGGUGUGGGAGGGCAGAGAGUUCCUGUGCAGGGAGCUAGUGGCCCAGCCCUGACCAGCCUUCUGAGGACCACACAGCUGCUGCUCCUGACUUGGAUGCUCACGCCCAGAAAGCAUCCCAGGAGAGGACAGCUCAGCUAGACAGAGCACAGGCGGGGCCCGGGCACACAGGACAGGUGUCUCUGGGGUCCUGGGCAGGGGACACAGGAGGCAGAAGCCCAGAACUGCUGAUCCACAUGCCCUUCUAUGCCCUGGAGCC